AGUGUUAGAGGCACGUUGGCGGAGCCUCUUGGCCACGCAGGGAGCCCACGCAGCCCCUUGCCUGACUCCAAAACCUGCUCCUUUCCCCAGGAUCAGCUCCUGCCUGCAGCUCUCCAUCUUUCCCAGCAGCAGCAUCCUCCAGCCCUGGCUGCAUCUGCGUCCUUGUUAGCUCCCUCCUCCUCUGGCUUCUCUCAUUCUCCUUGUGUCUGCCUGGAUGCAGCAAGCUUGAGCCUAAGGGAGUGGCUCGCUGUACUCAAGGGGAAGUGCUGCAGCCUCCAGGAAGGUUGGAGUAGCAAGCGGCUGCAGCAGGCAGGCUGGAGAGCUCCUCCUCCGCCCCCCUGCAACCUGGAUGCUGAGAAGAGAGAAGGUCUGUGAAGAUGGAAGAAGGGGUCCAUCAGCUAGAAGCCUGACUUGGUGACGCUGGGAAAAUCCUCCAUCUCUUGGUAGCUGCUUGCCUGAAAUACAGAACAAGACAAAAAUGCUGAAGCCAAGUGGACUUAAAAUCCCUGGCAGGGCAGGGAAACACUCCAGCCCGGUGGGACGGACUUCCGGGACAGUUACAGCUGCUGUUACCACCAGCUCUAAGGAAGGCUCACCUCUGCACAAGCAAGGUCUCGCCUCUACCAGCAGUGCUGAGAAGUCGGGCCCAAAGGUUGCUGAGGUUGGCGAUGACUUCUUGGGAGACUUUGUGGUGGGUGAACGUGUCUGGGUGAAUGGAGUGAAGCCAGGUGUGAUCCAGUACCUCGGGGAGACGCAAUUUGCUCCCGGCCAGUGGGCAGGGGUCGUUCUGGAUGAUCCGGUGGGUAAGAAUGAUGGCUCUGUUGGCGGGGUACGUUACUUCGAGUGCCAGCCGCUGCAGGGGAUUUUUACACGACCCUCCAAGCUCACCCGCCAGCCUGUGGCAGAGGGAUCGGGGAGCGAUGCCCAUUCUGUGGAGUCCCUCACAACUCAGAACUUGUCACUGCAUUCGGGGACGGCCACCCCACCCCUUUCUACUCGCGUCAUUCCUCUGAGGGAGAGCGUCCUGAAUAGCACCAUGAAGACUGGAAACGAGUCUGGAUCUAACCUUUCAGACAGCGGGUCGGUGAAGAAAGGGGAGAAGGAUUUGCGGCUUGGAGAUCGCGUCCUGGUCGGUGGGACAAAGACGGGAGUCGUGCGCUAUGUGGGAGAGACGGACUUUGCCAAAGGAGAGUGGUGCGGAGUGGAACUGGAUGAGCCCUUGGGGAAGAACGAUGGAGCAGUCGCUGGUACAAGGUACUUCCAGUGCCCCCCCAAGUUUGGCCUCUUCGCUCCCAUUCACAAAGUGAUCCGUAUUGGGUUCCCAUCCACCAGUCCUGCCAAAGCGAAGAAGAGCAAGCGGAUGGCCAUGGGAGUGUCUGCCCUGACCCAUAGCCCCAGCAGUUCGUCCAUCAGCUCUGUCAGCUCUGUGGCAUCCUCGGUUGGGGGCAGACCCAGCCGGAGCGGGCUGCUGACAGAGACAUCCUCUCGCUAUGCCCGGAAAAUCUCUGGCACCACAGCCCUGCAGGAGGCACUGAAGGAGAAGCAGCAGCACAUCGAGCAGCUGCUGGCUGAGCGUGAUCUGGAGAGAGCGGAGGUUGCCAAGGCCACCAGCCACAUCUGUGAAGUGGAGAAAGAAAUUGCCAUCCUGAAGGCCCAGCAUGAGCAGUAUGUCACCGAAGCAGAAGGGAAUCUCCAGCGUGCACGAGCCCUGGUGGAUGGAAUGCAAAAGGAAAAGUUUGAGCUGUUGAACCAACUGGAAGAGGAAAAAAGGAAAGUGGAGGACCUGCAGUUCCGUGUGGAGGAGGAGUCCAUUACCAAGGGUGAUCUGGAGACUCAGACGCAGUUGGAGCAUGCCCGAAUACGGGAGCUCGAGCAGAGCCUGCUGUUUGAGAAGGCACAGGCUGAAAAACUCCUCAAAGAAUUAGAGGAUACCAGGUUGACCACGGUGGAAGAGAAGUCGAGAAUCCUGCAGCUGGAGGAAGAGCUGAGUCUCAGGCACAGUGAAGUGGAGGAGCUCAGACAGUGUCUAAAGAACUCCCAUCAGGCCGAGACUCCUGAGCACAACCUUGGCUUGCAUUCAGAGGCUCUUCGUUUGCGAGACCAACUGCUGUCUGCUAACAAAGAGCACCAAAAAGAGAGCAGUCAGCUGAAGGAAAGGUAUGAGAAGACCCUGAAGAAAUACCAGCUGGAGAUGGAGAAGCUGAAAGCCACGAAUGAAAAGUACUCCCAGGAAAUAGUUGACCUAAAACAUAAAGUUCAGCAAGCCACCAAUGAGAAUAUGGGGUUGAUGGACAACUGGAAGUCCAAGCUGGACACCUUGGCUUCUGACCAUCAGAAGUCCCUGGAGGAUUUCAAAGCCACCCUCAACACAGGGUCUGAAACCCAGCACAAAGAGAUAGUAGAAUUGAAAGCCGUGGUAGAGAGCAUAAAGAUGGAGCACCAGCUUGAGCUGGAGAACCUUAAAGCCAAGCAUGAUAUUGAGACUGCUGUUCACAUAAAGGAGAAAGAAAGUCUGAAGCUGAAGCUGCAGGAGGCCAGGGAAGAAAUGGAAAAAAGCAACAAUGACUGGAAAAUGCAACUGGAAAUCAAAACCAACCAGCACCUUAUAGAACUUCAGGACAUGAAGGACAAGUACCGAGAUGCCGAACUGAGAGUGCACGAACUGGAGAAGCUACACGGUGAAUAUAAAGACCAGACACAAGCAAUAGCUUUCUUGAAAGAACAGAUUUCUCUGGCUGAGAAGAAGAUGUUGGACUAUGAGACGCUACAGAAAACAGAGGCCCAGAGUAAGCAGGAGAUCCAAAGACUCCAGGAAAAAGUGCUCGUCUUGGAGAACAAACUGCAGUCCAUGGAGGCCCUGCAUCCUUCUCAGCACGCAAAUAUGAUUGAAACAAAUGAUAUUUCAGAAGAAAAGAUAAAAAUGAAGCAGACCAUGGAAGAGCUGCAAGACAAACUGAGUAAGAGAGACAAAGAGGUGUCAUCACUGGUCUCCCAGACUGAAACUCUAAGGGCCCAAGUAAGUGCGUUGGAAAAUAAAAGCAAAUCUGCAGAGAAGAAGACGGAUUCAUUGCUGAAGGAGAAGAAAAGGUUGGAAACUGACCUGGACACCUUGUCCAGGAAAACCCAUGAUGCUUCAGGACAGUUGGUCCUGAUUAGCCAGGAGCUACUCAAAAAAGAAAGGAGCUUGAAUGAGUUGCGGGCUUUAUUACUGGAAGCUAAUCGUCAUUCACCGGGGCCGGAGAGAGACCUGAGCCGAGAGGUGCACAAAGCAGAGUGGAGGCUGAAGGAGCAGAAGCUCAAAGAUGACAUCAAGGGCCUAAGAGAGAAGCUGAUAGUGCUGGAUAAAGAGAAGUCAGUAACAGACCAAAGGCGGUACUCCCUGAUCGACUCUUCAUCGGACUCGGAGGUUAUCCGGCUGCAGCACCGGCUGGUCAGCACCGAGGACGUCCUGAGGAACGCGUUGGAGCAGGGGCACCAGAUGGAGAAGCUCAUGGAGGCCAUGAGAAUUUCUUCUGAGAAGACGCAGACCAUUGGGAACGCUGCCUCUGCUAAUGGGAUCCAUCAGCAGGAUAAGUCCCACAAGCAAGAAGAGAAGCUCUGAUAGAGAAGGGGGCGGAGAGGACCAUUUCACGCCAGUAUCAGCUCCUGUGCACGGACAGGACGAGGGAUGCCACAUCUGGCUCAAGCACCUCCUAAGGACCAGUCACAGUAUUUUUACUUUCCAGACAGGACAGUGUUUAUAAUGUACUAACUGACUGAAGUAGAACAAUCCCCUGAUCCAAAUUUUCCAAGAUGAGCAUCAUUCCAGAACGGGGCAUGGGGAUGUCCCUGUGUAAAGGUACCUUUGUUUUGGUUUCUUAUGGUUUGGACUGUGGAAUCGGCUUUGGCCAAAGGAGACCAGUGCUGUUAGUCCCACCUGGAUGGCAUGGCCUGGCUGACAGCUGACUGACGCGGUGGCUGGAACAUCAUUGGUGACUCCUUGUAACCCCAGAGGAACACUGAAGCGAUUUGCUUGUGACACUAAGAAACUGCUGAGCAUACUCCCACAGGUUGCACGCACGCCAGUUGUCUCUCUCCACCUCUUCCACCCACCCCCAUGUUCUCAAGAACUACACAGGCAAGGGAAAACCCCAGGGCUGAGUCCACUCCCACUGAAGAAAAAGAGCUAGUGAGGAACGCUGCUGCCUCUCCUGCAUGGAAGAUGCUUUAACUCCAGACCAUAGAGACUCUGCUUUAUUUUUCCUGAUGGUGUGUCGUGUUCAACCUGAUUUGAGGAGACACUGAAUUCAGUCCAGGUCACUAGCUGCUGUCUAGGAGUUGGUGUUUAUGAGGGGAGAGUGCCUCUGUCAGCUUUGCUUAGUCUGUCUCUGCACUGAGAGGUCCCUUAGCAGGACUGGCUGUGCCAGAGCCCAGAGGUGGGAGCACAGUGGUACACGGGUGUUGCUGGGUGCUCUUUAGAUGUGCAAUGUAAAGCUUCCUUCUCCCUGGCAAGCAGCAACUUGAUUCAGACUCCUGAACUGCAUGGCAGGAAAUUCCCUACACUUCCACUGAUCUGAGGACAUGUGUUGGGCAUAGUCAUGUCAAGCAGACAUCUCAAACCCCUUUCCUUCUUCUCUUCACACAACUCCAACCAAUACAUACAAGGACAGGGCUUGCAUAAUAUUAAGUUAAAUUUGUGUGUCCCGCCAACCAUAGCUGGUUUAGGCCCUUCAGCAAAGUCUUCCCAGGAGUUCAGUGGAAGGGACAGGCCUUGUGCUGCUGGAGCAUCCUUGGCAAGGGUGUAUUGUGUCAAAAGGCCUUGAAACCAAGGCCCUGUGUAGAGCAGAUCUCCAGCUGUGAUUGAUUUCAGUUCUUCCCCAUAUCUGGUGGUCACAUCAAUUUCUCUCUCCUUGACACAGUGGGAGGUCUGGGCUGCUGGAUUGUGCCCCACAAGAUGCAUUGAAGAUCACAUUGUUACUGUAAGGGCCUCUGGGAUCCUGCGAGCCCAGUUGAGUUCCCAGAUUGGCACAUGGUACCCACUGCGAUCACAUGUGCAGAGAACUAGUAGGGCAUAUGCGGAUCCAUUUGCAUGCAUCUCAGUAAGCGUUUGAGCUUUGCACAGGGGGCAAAUACAUUCCAAGGGCUAUGUUCUAGUCUCAUUCUUUGCACUAACCUCCCACGGGCUCGGGUGGAAUGAGGGUAAAAUAUGGUCCAAAGUGUUUAAGACACAGUUUCCCUGUUCUCGGCAAAUCCAAGGGAGCACUCGUCAUUCAGUGCUUUGGAAACCCAGCGAGUAGCACUUAGUCUUGAUUCUUCCAAAGCCCCGAUGUUUCAGUAGGAUGGGAAUAGCUGUGAGUAGAGGCAGGGCGUGCACUGAUGCAGCACGACAGCAAGGGAGAAGGUAAUUCGUAAUGGGAAAUCUCCUGGCUCCCCUGGGUGAUCUUUAGGUUUGCCUGCAUUAGAGGGCUGCUGCUGCCCUAGGUUUGCCAACAGAGCUAUGGUGGCAGAGUCACUUGGUGGAGAUUGGUGUAGCAGCAAAAGGGGUUUCUGUGCGGGCUGUUACGCUCCCUUCCCAAAUGACAGAAUUCAAGUUGAUGACAGGUCUUUUCUGUCAGCUUAGCAGUGCCCGCCCCAAGGGCUUUGUGGGCACAGCAGUAUCAGUUUGGGGACUCAAUUUCUUCCCCUCAGUAAGCCAAGGUAGCUCAGCUGGCAAAAUGUUAUAGUGUAGACUAGGCCAUAGAGAGCAACAGCUCUUCUUGUUCCUCUUUUCCCCCAACUUUAUGGAAUCACCAGGGGAAGAUCUUGGUUGGAGGUGCACAUUUCCAGUUGUUUCCCAUUUCUCUGGAAUGGCAGUGUUUUGGCCAUCUUUCUUGUAGCGCAACAAAUGAUGUAAGCCUCCUGAUCAGUUUGCCGCCUCCUCCAUGUUGUUUUCUGACCUUCCUGGAACAUCUGGAACAAAAUCUCGUCUUUUCCAGCUUCAAAUCUCUACUCUGUGUGCACUGCUUGUUCAGUGCAUGGGAUCCCUCUAAUGGGAUGGGGAUCCCAGCAGGGCAUAUGGCGAGGAAGCCUGGCAUAGAGAGCAAGUCUGGUGCAGUCCUGAGUUCUGAGGGCGAAGCACUGUUCCACGGGCUCCCUACAGAGCUGGGCCGUUUUACUCAGGCUGGGAACAUUGAUCUUCCUUUCCCUGUACAAUUUUCUUCAGCCUGCUUCUGGUGAUUCUUAAAUUCUUCAGCAGCAAAGUGCUGGGCAGCCUGCAGCAACUGGGAAAGAUCAGAGCCUCACGGUUGCCCUCACUCAGGUGGUCACUGAGUCUCUUGCUGGGCUGUGAGACAGACCUGGGCUGCCUUCACCUGCUGGGAUAUUUGCUGAAAAUGGGGGUUGAGAUGAGAAGGGGUAUCAGGGAGCUGAGGUGUAUCAGGAGAUUUCAGCCUCCACUUGGGAACAAAUGGGGUGGGUGAACAAAGAAGAAUUAAGGUAAGAUGAGGUCCCGUCUAAUCAAGGAGUCUAAGCAAUGCCAGGCGAUUGCAGAGAAGAUUAGCACACGAGCUGUUCUCUAAUGCUUGUAUUUUCAGAGCCCAGGAGACAAAGGAACCAAAACUGCACUGACCCCCAAUCCAUCAUCUGAGAAAUCCCAGGGUGAGUGUGUUCAGUAUCAUGCUAAGAAUAAUGAACAAGCUGGAGCUGGCUGCCAUGUUGAGACGGCAUUUUGCAAAGAGCUCAGGACUGGCCUUACUCUGCCCGCUGAAGUCAGGGGCAAAACUCCCGGUGACUUGAGCGGAGUCAGGGCAGGACUGAGUGUUUCUGCAAAUGGCCCCCAGAGGUUUGAGAUCAGGCCUGGGAAAGACUAUUCUUAUAUGUGCGCACAGAGGGUCCUGGCCCUUCCCAAACUGGAGGUUGGGGUCCAGCUCAUUGUUUAUCUGCUUUCUGGUGAGUUUUCUAGUGGCUUGCAGCAGGGGAAUCCUCAUCUCUGCGUAGCUUCCUGCUCUCCCCCAGGUUGGGGACGCUGCAUAGCUCUGUGCUCUAUGGGCCGAAAUGCUGGUGGUUUAAAUGGGACAGAACUCCACUGAAGCCAAUGGUGUCACCAGUUUACACCAUUGGAGAAUUUGGCCAUGUGCCCUCAGCCAGGAGCCCCCUCCAGCAGCACCUGAGACAGCUGAGUUGCAGGAAGUGCAGCAGUUGGCUUUGACUCUCUUCUCCGGCUGUGAAUAUUCAUGUUGCUCCCCAGGGCACGGCUGAUCACUGCAGCUUCCCUGUGAGUGGAGAUUAGCCUCCGGUGGGAAGGCCUGAAUGCUUUCACUGGGGAGUAGUGUGCCACCCCCCCAGGCUCCGAGUUAGUCCUUUUGAAAGACACUUCUGAGCAAAGGGAUCAGCACCUUGGAGUGAGCCAGUUCCCUUGGGACAUGGCCAAUGCCACCCUGGGCUCUGUGCCAGCCAUGUGGCAGGAGCUCUUUGCGUUCUCACCUUGCUCUCCAGCAAGGAGGGACAAACACCCUUGCUCAGGAGAGCUCAGGCAGCAGGAGAUGCAUGCUUCAGGGGCUUGGGGCAUUGUGUAGGUCACAAAUCCCCACAGUGCCGAGGGCCCACCGCAAGGCCUGUCUGAGUAUCCUGUAUAAGCUUGUCCCAGCUGCCAGAGACCAAAUUAGGGGUAAACCCAGAGAGUGAGAGGUUCCCUCUAUUUAUUUAUAAGCUUAUUGCUAUAUUUGCCUAUUAACCCAGGUAUAUAAAGGACUUGACAGUCUUUUGUCUCACUGGCAGAAUUACUGGGGGGAGACUGCCAAAGGUGCUGAAAGCUUUUCUGCUUCCAGCUCCCACUGACAGUAACUAGGGCAUGGGAGACUAGCUCCCAUCUGUGCCUUUUAAAAACUUGCCCCGACAAUAAUAAGCUCUUCAGAUUCAAGGCGGGUUCUCUCCUGUGACCCCUCCGUGGUCUCCGCUGUAGGCUCCAUGUCCGAUUCAUGCCUGGUACUGGGUGCAGAGGGCCGCUUGGGGAUCAGCAGCUGCAGAAUGAGUCCGGUGGAAAGGAGCAACUUUCCCCUUCAACCAAGGGUGUUGAGUGCGAGUUAUAUACAUGCAAGGUCAAUGCUGAGCAGUCUUCUGGCCCAGUCAGUGCACCCAUCUCAGUCACAGGUGUGGCUUGUGGUGAACCUAUAUGAACCUAGAUCUUGCCUGGUUGAAAUUCAAUCUUUCUAUCUGUUGCAUUACUUCACUGGCUGGUAAAAGGGUUUAUUGGCUUGGGGUCCUCCCCGCACACACUUUUUGUAGAAAUUAAGUCUUCAGGCCAGCUGGGAAAUCUCUUCCAGAUCAAGAUGAGCAAUUUCUACCCAGCCCUCCUGGCUAAACAAAAUCCCUAGAGGUGUUUGGGUGGCAAUGCUGGCUUUAUCCCUUCUUGCCAGGUUCAGAAAACUGGAGCAGACGCACAAUACUAUGCUAAUGCCAUACUUAGCUCUGGGUGCUAAAUUUCUAGCCAAGUCAUAACAGCUACUGCCCACCCCCACCUCUGAUCAGUUCCUUUGGCUUUCAGUAGAUAUGCAUGAUGGUUUCAUUUAAAACAAACCAACAGAUGCAAAUGGAGCCGUAACAGUCUUAACAAAGAUUCCAGUACUGCAUUGUCAUGGCAGCUUUUAGCAGUUCAACACUAUGGCAUAGGGAAUUAUUAAUCCACUAAAAUCCUAUAGGCCUCUUGUAAGUUACCAGAAUAAAGACGAUACUAGAUGUAUAAAUGGAUGAUAACCUUUUACCCGUACAGUAUGUAUUACGAUUUUGUAGCUUAGUCAUUUUUUGGCUAUCUGAUUUUGUUAGUAUGAUAAAAAAAAAAAAAAAAAAAGAAGAAAAUGGUUCGACUGCUAAUGUCUAUUUUGUUAUUUGAUUCUUCAUUUUUUUUUCCCUUCCUCUGUACAAACUCUGUACAAAUCUGAGUCUAAGUGUAACUACUCCAGAUAUGUAUUCAUGUACCACAGACCCCACCCCUGGCUUGCUAAAGUGUGGUGAGCUCAUCCUAAAAUAAUAAAACGUGUGGCUAAAGUCAGGCA